AUGAGUAGUACGGAAGAGGUGGACGAGACCGAGACUACCUACAACUCUUCGGAAAUUGAAGAUUCUUCUACAGAAUCCUUGCCAAAACCUGUCUUCUACAAGGACGAAAUAAUUUUCAACAAGUACCGUGUGCUACAAGAACUCGGCAAAGGAGGAUGUGGGAUCGUGCUAAGUGUGAUUGAUAUCGACACAGAAGACAGCGAGAAGCCCUUAUUUGCUGCCAUGAAGGCUGAAACCAUCGAUCCCGCAGGAAAGAUUUCUCAGACCGUCAAAGGAGAGGUAGGUUAGGUACAAAACAGUUCCACCCUUUAUCAUAUAAAGAGUGACAUUGUUGCUCAAAUUAUAAUAUUCUAUAACAAGAUUACAGGCCUUUGUGUUGCGACGACUUCAAAAUUGCAAAAACUUUUGCAAGUUGUACCUCAGCUGUCGAUUGGAUAACACAAUCAAUGUUAUGGUCAUGAGUUUGGUGGGCAAAUCACUGUCCUGGUUGAGAAGAAAUACAAAGUAUCAACGGUUCACAACGUCGACAGCCAUCAGAAUCACUUUAAAAUGUCUUGAAGUAAGUUCUGCUCUUUCUACCAGGUUUAAAAUAUUUAAAAUUAAUUCCACUUUUUUGAUCUCGAGUAUUUAAAACCAUUUUUAGACCAAUUAAAAACAUAAUUUCAGGCGAUAAAAGAGCUACAUAAAAGAGGGUUCAUUCACCGUGAUGUGAAGGCUUCAAACUUUGCUAUGGGAGCAUACGAAGAAGAUUGUCGUACUGUAUAUUUGUUAGAUUUUGGUUUUGCAAGGUCUUACGUGAGUUUUAUUAAUCCACACUCUUAUAAUAUAAAUAUCAUAUUAGAGUUAAACAAGAGUAACUACUAAAAAUGUUACCUACUUUUACAAAAAUCAUAGUUUCUCUUUUUAAAUUAACCAAAUUUUAGUUGAAAGAAUAUGACAAUGCCAUGAAAAUAAGACCAGCACGUAAAAAAGCUCCUUACCUUGGGACUGAUCGCUACUGUUCUAUCAACGUACAUCGACGAGGUGAACAUGGUCGUGUUGAUGAUUUGUGGUCGUUGUUAUUCAUGUUGGUCGAAUUCAUAAAAGGAAAGGUGCCAUGGAAGAAUGUGAGCUCUAAAAAGCUGGCUAAAGCAAAGGUAGUCUUUUUAAUAUUGUAUUAAUAUGUUACACAACAGUGCAAAUGUUAACUUAUAGGUUGAGUUACAUUACUUACUAUAACAUUAUACCGCCAUUCUUUUCACUCAUAGCUAAUAAAUUGCUCUUAGACCUGCCAUAUGGAUGACCUACUGAAAGAAUGUCCCGUCGAGUUGUGGAAGUUCCAGCGGCAUCUCCAGAAUCUGAAGUACGACUCUCGACCUGACUACCAAUUGCUUGAAAACUGUCUGACGGAUGUUUGUCAUCGAAAAGGCUACGAGCUUGGCGACCCGUACGACUGGGAAGAAGGUGGACGGCAUCGCCAACAAGUCCUUGAAGCCUUCGAACAUGAAACUAAAAGUUCCUUGAAGGAACUUCCAUCAUACGCCAGCACGGCAACUGAAAAUUCACAAAACGUUGUCUCACCUUAA